AUCCUCGUUUCCUCUUCCUGCCCUCCUGUUGCAAAAGGGGGGAGUUUUGCAUGGGUUUUAACAGGAAAAAGAGCUCUUCGCAACCUCCUUGCAUAAAAUAAUUUUCUUUCCUACAAUGCAAGUACUGAAAACAUCCCAUUGCUUUUGGUGCAUGGACUUGAGGAUGGGUACAUAACUCAGUCUCCGUUUUUGGUCUUUCCAACAAAAACACAAUAAAACUCCCAUCCAGGAGCUGAGAGGAAGGCAGCCAUGAGACAUAAAAUGAUGCCGGAGAAGGGGAAGAGCCCAGAUUUGGCUUUCCUGGAGCAAACUGGCCAGGAACGGAUACCAUCGGGUGAAACCAACCAAGCAGGCUUGGCUUUGGAAAGAACAGGGCAUACGCCUCUUGAACCCAAAGCUAGGGAUGUUCAUAGCCUUGAGAAAAAGGAAGACGAAGGGCAACCAAAGAGUGAACCAGUCGACCGAAGGUUGAAAUACUUGGAUCCUCGAGCAGCAAUGAAGGCAUCCCAAUCCCAAAACUUGGGAUGGGGAGAGCCGGAACAGAUGGAGUCUGAGCCAUGGGAGAAUGCCAAGGCUUGCUUGGCCUCGUUGGAAGGAGCGGCGGAAGUAUACCGGCGGUUCAAGGGCCUGGUGCAUCUCAGCCAGGAGGUUGGAGGGAACUGUGCGGUGGUUGAAACCACAAAGGUGGAGGAUCUGCUGAAGGAGGACUCGGCCACUGCGGACGUCCAACGGAGCCUCUUCCGGGAAUACCGCUACCAGGAAGCUAAGGGUCCCCGCGAGGCCUGCAGCCGCCUCUGGUACCUGUGCCACCGGUGGCUGAAGCCGGAGAGGCACACCAAGGAGCAGAUCCUGGAGCUGGUGAUCCUGGAGCAGUUCCUGGCCAUCCUGCCCUCUGAGAUCCAGAGCUGGGUCAAGAGGGGCUGCCCUCAGUCGUGCGACCAGGCGGUGGCCCUGGCGGAGGGCUUCUCUCCAAGGAAGCAAGAGAGGGCGAGACGGCGGGCACCGGAGGGACCGGGACUGAUCCAGGAGGUGGAUUUGAGCUUCUCCGUGGCGGAACAGCCUCCGGAUCACAGCCUGAGAGAGAAACCGCUUUGUCCGGAGGUCAGAUGUGAGGGUGAGGUUGAUUCAGAUGCAGGUGAUGAUUGGGUGAUCGAGGCCAAGCGGGAAGAUCCUCCAUUGGAAGGACCCGAAUUGGAGAAGCUCCAAGGUACCUCCUGGACACGACUCCCUUGGCCACGAGGAGAUGGAGAACCUUCUGCAAGUCAUACUAAUGUGGUGGCACAGAAGGGUGAAAACUGCUCAAAUCAGAAGACGGUGGAUGUCCAUCCUUCUGUAAAGGGUGACCUCGGCCAAACUGUUGUUGCCAAGCGGCAUCGCCGAAGCCGGGGGAAGAAGACCUGUGGCGUGUGCGGGAAGACCUUCAGCCGCUGCACUGUCCUUGCCGCGCACCAGCGGACCCACACGGGGGAGAAGCCCUUCAUGUGCCAGGACUGCGGCAAAUGCUUCAGCUUCAAGUCCACCCUGGUGGCCCACGAGAGGACCCACACGGGGGAGCGGCCGUACACGUGCGACCAGUGUGGGAAGAGCUUCACCGUCAGCUCCGUCCUCACGCGGCACUACCGAGUCCACCUCGAGAAGGAGCUCUUCCGCUGCUUGGAGUGCGAGAAGAGCUUCACCCAGAAGUCCCAGCUCCUCAACCACCAGAAGGUCCACCUGAAGGAGAAGCCCUUCAAGUGCGGACGGUGCGGGGAGACCUUCAGCCACAACUCCAGCCUCCGGAAGCACGAGGGUGGCCACACGGGGGAGAAGCCCUUCAAGUGCCCCGAUUGUGACAAAUCCUUCAACACAUCCUCCCAACUCGUUAAACACCACCGGGUCCACACCGGGGAGAGGCCUUACACGUGUGCCGAGUGUGGGAAGAGCUUCAGCCAGUGGCAGAUCCUGAUGGUCCACCAGAGGAUACACACAGGAGAGAAGCCCUUCAAGUGCGCCACGUGCGGGAAGUGCUUCUCCGACCGGGCUGUCCACAUCCGGCACCAGAAGGUCCACACGGGCGAGAGGCCCCACCAGUGCACAACCUGCGGGAAGAGGUUCACCCAUCGCACGGUCUUGGUGAAACACCAGAAGAUCCAUGCCAGGGAAGCUCUGAACAUGCUCCGGCUCGAAGAAGGGCAGCACUCGGUGCAAGGGACCUCAAACCAGCUUACACAUGGGCAGGUAGCACCAUUUUGGGGGAAAUCACAGACAAAAUAUAGGAUUUCAAAGACGAAAUCCCAUGACCUGGAAUGCGAAAUGGCAGCCAAGAAGAGGAGAACGUCAGGUGAUGGCCUCCAGUUCAACUCUGUGUUAAAACAAGGGUUGAAGAUCAGUGCCGAGGAAGAAGACCAAGUAGAUCUGAAACCGGAGGUAGCCUUGGAAAGAGCAGAUUGUCACGAAUCCAAGGCAGCAAAGGGAUUUCUCAAGCAGGAAGAAGUUAUGGGUGGACCAGGCAAGGUGACUCCACCAGGAUCUCAUGAAGACCUCAAAGAAACACCAUCGUCUCACUUGGGAUGGGGAAAUUCCCCGCGAUCAGGGUCCUCACCAUGGGAGAAGGCAACGGUUCUCUUGACGUCUGUUGAAGGGUCACCAAAUGCUUACCGAAAGUCCAGAAGUCUUGGUGGAGGAAGCUUAGGAGAUGUCAUAAAAAUGGAGGACAUGAAGAUGGGCGACUGUUGGAAAGGAAAGGAAGACCUCCUUAAGGAGGACUUGGUCACCAUGGAUGUCCAGCGGGCCCUCUUCCGGGAAUACCGCUACCAGGAGGCAGAGGGUCCGCGUGAGGCCUGCAGCCGCCUCUGGUACCUGUGCCACCGGUGGCUGAAUCCAGAGAGGCACACCAAGGAGAAGAUCCUGGAGAUGGUGAUCCUGGAGCAGUUCCUGGCCAUCCUGCCCUCUGAGAUCCAAAGCUGGGUCAAGAGGGGCUGCCCUCGGACCUGCGACCGGGCCGUGUCCCUGGCCGAGGACUUCCUCCUGAGGCAGCAGGUGUCCGGACAACUGCAACCAGAGGGCUCAGCCCUGAUCCAGGAGGCAGUGUCAACCCUUUGUGUGACUGAACAACUACCUCCGAGCCCCAAAGAGAAGCAACCUGUCGCCAAGGGCAAGCAGGGGAAUGGUGGCAAGACCAGCAAGCAAACAGGCGAUGAAUGGAGAAGAGACAGCAAAGAGGAGAAGCUUCAGCAAGACCAUACUGAGCCGAUGAAGCCUCACGGACCCUCCCGUGAAAUCCCCCCGUGGCCCCAAAGGAGUGGAGAAACUUCUGAGAGCCACAAAGAGGCAGAGAAAGGGAGGAAAAACCACCUUGAUUCCAGCGUGAAUGUAUUCUUUCCCUAUAUAGGAGAAAGUGCUGAAGUGACGCAAAAGGUUGUCCUCAAGAGAAGGCGCAGGAGCAGAGGGGAGCGGGUGUGCAACGUGUGUGGGAGGAGCUUCAGCCGGACCACGGUUCUCGUCGCGCACCAGAGGACCCACACUGGGGAGAAACCAUUCAUGUGCAAAGACUGCGGGAAGUGCUUCAGCCUCAAGUCCACUUUGGUGGCGCACGAACGGACCCACACGGGGGAGCGGCCGUACACUUGCUCCCAGUGCGGGAAGAGCUUCACCGUCAGUUCGGACCUCACUAGACACUACCGGAUCCACGUCGGAGAGAAGCCCUUCAGCUGCUUGCAGUGCAACAAGAGCUUCAGCCGGAAGACACAGCUGCUCAACCACCACAAGGUCCACACGCGAGAGAAGCCGUACAAGUGCUCCCAGUGCGGGGAGACCUUCAACCGGAGCUCCAGCCUCAUGAUCCACGAGGGAUCCCACACGGGGGAGAAGCCCUUCAAGUGCCCGGACUGUGACAAAUCUUUCAACACCUCCUCCCAGCUGGUCAAGCACCACCGGGUCCACACCGGGGAGAGGCCCUACACCUGCUCCGAGUGUGGGAAGAGCUUCAGCCAAAGGCAGAUCCUGAUGGUCCACCAGAGGAUACACACAGGGGAGAAGCCCUUCAAGUGCGCCACGUGCGGGAAAUGCUUCUGCGACCGGGCUGUCCUCAUUAGGCACCAGAAGGUCCACACGGGCGAGAGGCCACAUCAGUGCACAACCUGCGGGAAGAGCUUCUCUCACCGUGCGGUCCUUGUGAGGCACCAGAAAAUCCACACCAGGGACACUCUCAAUAUGCUGAUCAUGGAGGAGGACCCAGAUGAAGCCUCAUGAAACCACAGCAUUUCCGUACCUUCAGUGUGGGUUGCAGCCAACCUGCGGCAACUCCUAUGAUAACUCAGUACGGUUGGCACUCCAUAUUUGGGGGUUUGAUUACACAGCCCAACAACAACAAAACCUUGUUAUCUCAGUUUUCUGGAAUGUUCCUCGGGUCCUUUUGGACACGGAUUAAGAAAACUGCAUUGGAUAGACUACAUCAGCUGUAGAUUCACUUUGAAGUCACUUUGAGACUAGGACGCAAUAGAACAAUGGCUUCAAACUACAAGAGAGGAGUUUCCAUCUGAACAUGAGGAAGAACUUCCUGACUGUGAGAGCCGUUCAGCAGUGGAACUCUCUGCCCUGGAGUGUGGUGGAGGCUCCUUCUU